AAUUCGCUUUAUCAGCAAAAGUUGCUUUGGAUUGAUGCGAAAAAGACUCGCUUUACGCACUUUGUGAUGGACACCAACAGAAAUAAUGCAUUUUCCGAGAAGCUGAAGGAACAAGUGAACGCCUCCAUCGAUAGGAUCCGGAAGGCGCUGGACCUGCGGGAAAAGCUACUGCUCCGUCAGCUCUCAGUCGUAGUACAGCAGUCCCAUCACGUCACAUUCCAAUUCGAUAACAUUAAAUUUGUGGACGGCGGUGCGGAAGAGGAUCUGAUUGGAAGGAUCCGAACGUUCGGCAGGUACAACAUAGACAAUUUCAACAUCAUUCUGAAGGAUCCAUACGAAAACGAGGAUUAUAUACAACCGGUGGACGAUCACGAUUUGAUGCACAAAAGCUGUCGGAGGGGAGGAGCUGGAGAGGAGGAACAGAGUAAUCCGGAAAGUGAGGAGAUUGUGGUGGAAUUUUUCAGCAACAAGAGUCUGAUCAGAGAAGGGGCAGAAAUGGUUCGAGAAUCGAUCGUCAGCCUGGCGUUGAAUGAAAGUAAGGAACUGAUUGACAAAUCACUGGGAGAAGUUUGCGUGGGCCAAGAGCUGGAAGAGGAAUUGGAGCGAAUGAAAAUUGAUCUAACGAACAGUCGGAAUCGAGAAAAAUUGCUGACCGAUUCACUUUCAUUACAAGGUGAAGGGCUGGGUUUGGAAACUGUUGAUAUUAGUAACAAUAACCACGACAACGCAAACGAGGUUGAAGAUGUGAGAACAGCAGAACCAGCCAGGGCUGCCAGGAUACAGCAUUUAAUUGCGAAAGCUUCACAGACGGAACUGGACAAGGUUGGUAGGCAUAGUAAUAGCGUAGCGACGAGUAGCAGUUUGGCGACGAAAUGUGUAAACGAGGAAAAGAGUGUAAAAAAUGUCGCCACCCUGACGAUGAACAACUGCGGUGGCACAAUCAAUCUUAAAAACGUAACAAAUUUAACCAUUAAUACCUGUUCCGAAGCGGUUUCUCCAGCCAAACCCGUCGAACGCCCUCCAGCCCCUCUUCGUUGUCCCUCAGAAGAAGGCAGUCCGGAGUGCGGUUUCUACAAGCGUCUCAUCACCGAGAACAAAAUCUUGCGGCAGCACAUCCUAAAGACCACUCUUUCGAAUGCAGCGCCCCAGCAGGCGCCCACAUACCAGACCUCCAGCAGUUCUGAUUCCCCAUCUACGGACACGGAUGGACCAUCGCCGGAUGACAUUCCGUCAUCUACUAGCGGCAGCAGUACGGAAAAGCCACAAACCAAACGAACACCGCUGUCACCGGCCGAGCUGCGUGCCGUUCUCAAUCUUCCCGCUGGGCAGGAUGGCACUCUCUCUCAAGUUCUGGGAGACCUCUUCCUGCUGGCAUCGCCCACUACUGCCAUGGGACUGGCCGCCACCGUUGCCGAAUCCAGCCAAAGCCAGGAGCAUACGAUGCAGAUUCAGCAGUGGCUCAAGCAGAUCAUAUCCGAAACGGAAACGGAGCCGAUCCAAAACGCGGACAUGAUGGAGUUUAGCGGCAUCAACAACUAACGGGUGGCGUUGGGAACCGGUCAUCGAGGAAUUGUACUUUUACUAGCUUAAACAAUGCUAACGAGAGAUGAAAGUUUCAUGCCAGAGGAGUUCCACGUGCUUAUAUCUGACUGGAUCUAGGUAAACCAAAGCGCUAGCAUAAAACAGCAGAUUUUUUUU